AUGUCCAACACCACGCUGAGUCUCAACUCCACCGCCUAUGAUGGCCCACCGCUCUGGUACGAGUACCCGGUGUGCGCGGUUGCGCCUCACGGCUUCACGUUCUACUACGUGGGCAAGAUGUUCAACCUAGCGGUGGGCACGCCCUGUAACAUCCUGGUCAUCUGGCAGAUCGCCGCAAAGAAGACCGACGCCUCCACCUGUGACAUCUUCUUCAUGAACCUGGCCUUCCUGGACACCUACUUCUGCCUGACGGGGCCCAUAGAUAUGGUCAACCGGCUGGUGUGGGUCAGCGAUCGCGUCUGGAACUUUGUUAGGUUUUCUUACGGCAUCAAAGAUUUUGCGCCACUGUUUUUGGUGUGCAUUUGCCUGGACCGCUACAUGGCCGUGGUGCACCCGGUGUUAUUCGCCAGCGUCCGCGACAACAAGAUCCGCAACAUCAUAUCGGUAGUGGUCUGGGCUCUCAUCCUGGCUUACGCUCUUGCCAAGGGCACCCUGGGAUGCCCGUCCGUCAUCAAGGUCUUCAGCGGCGUCAUCCUGUUCUCCUUCGCCGUCAUGCUCUUCUGCAACAUCUCCGUCAUCUGGGUGCUCCGGCGCUCUGUGGCGGGCAAGGAGGAGAUGCACCCGGUGAAGAAGAGAGCCUUCAAGAUGGUGCUCAUCGUCCUGGCCAUCGUCGUGUCCAACUACCUGCCGCCGGUGGCGCUCAUGCCCUUUGCUUCACUCUUCACAUUCAUGGAGUUUAACUGUCUGGUCACCACCACCGUGUUCUGCAUCAUGGACCUGAGCAGCAGCAUCGAGCCGCUCAUCUACAUCACGAAGAUGGAGCGCAUGGAGGGCAGGUGCUGUGGGCGGAGCCUGUCUACGUAG